UAGAGGGGAAUCACCCACCUGGUGUCCCAGGUCUAAAUCAGUCCCUGACUAGAGGGGGGAAAACAAUGAAAAAAAAUCAGUGGAACUGUCUUUGAGGUCCAGAGUUGAAUGUGAGGGCUCUAUAGGGGCCUAUCAACCCAGGAUGCAGGGGGGCUCUGGUCUGCCCCAGCCCCAGCCACGAUGCCCAUCACCCAGGAGAACGCCCUGAGCCACCUCCCCCUGUUGGAGGACUGGCUCCUGGGGGUACAGACCAGGGACCAGGACAACUAUGGAGACCCAGACCAGCAGUCAACCAUCAGCAGAGACCCAGACCAAGACUCUUACCAGGAGUCAGAACACGAGGUGGAUGCCUGCGGCACGGUCAGCGACGGCACGGUCAGCGACGGCACCAGCGGAGACAUGUCUCUAUGUCAGGCCUCCAUACAGAAGCUGAUGGAAUACAUUCAGCUCAACUUCACCGAGGACGAAGAGCCCAACGUCGUGGCACAACCCACAAUGCCGGGCGGAGGUGUGGACGCGGCGGUGCGAGCCGUGUGUCUCACCAAGAGGGAGGGGGACGGGGCAGAGCUGGGACUGAGUUUCGGUAACAUCCCGAUAUUCGGGGAUCCGGAGGGGGAGAACAGGAAGAAGGGAGGAGGGAGGAGGAGGAGGAAGGGGGAUCAGGGACCCGUGUUGGACGUGGGGUGUAUCUGGGUGACGGAGGUGAGGAAGAGAAGUCCGGCGGCGAUGUGCGGUAGAAUUAAACUACGAGACGAGUUGCUGUCACUCAACGGUCAGCUGAUGGUGGGCGUCGACGUCAGUAGAACAGGGAACUCCAGCCAGGUCUAG